AUGGCUGUAGACAAGGAGGACAUGCCUUACUUUAUGUCGAAAGACAUUGUUGACCAACGUGAUCCCAACAGACAGACCCCCCAUCGUCUUAUUAAUCUGCAUGAGUUAGCCAAAGUUGGUGUCGAAUUCCUUGAGAGAGACCAGAUGGAAUUACCAAACCUUGCCGCUGUUUACAGCAUGAAGAAUCGGGAUGCCAUCUCUAUUUCCAAGGCCACACCUGGAUAUAAUGAGCUGAUCAAAGGAUUUUUCAAGGAACAUCUCCAUAAAGACGCAGAACUCCGUUUCAUCAAGAGUGGCAGUGGAUACUUCGACGUGCGAAGUGCUGACGAUGAAUGGAUCCGCAUUCCUGUUUGCGCUGGAGAUUUCCUCUUCCUGCCUCCUGGAAUUUACCACCGCUUUACUACUGACCACAACGAUAUGGUAGAAGCUAUUCGCUUCUUCCAAUGCAGUCCACGCUGGACAGCAUAUCUUCGCGAUGAUGAUGGUGACAAACAACCGGAGCGAAAUGAGUUUCUGCUCAAGAAUGGCUUGAUCAAAUCUGACAGACACCAACGCAUCAUGUCGGAUAUCGCUAAUCCUCUAGUUGUCCGUCUCAAUCCUAAUGGAACCGAGUACACUUGCGUUUAUUGCAAUCAGCUCCUAGAUUAA